UUUGUAGUGCUGAGCCGACAACCGUACCAAACAUCUCCGUCUGAGUGACUCAUCUUUUCAUAGGUGGAUCUUCGGGGCGCCGGUUCUCUCUCCCAGCUGACUCCGGACAACAAACCAGGAGCCGCCGCAGCUGUCAGCCGCUCAUCUCCCCGUUUACCGGCCGGCUUAGAGCCACCACCGCUGCCUCCUGACUGCACAUUCAACCAGCUACGCGUCACUCCUUUUUGCGGGAUGCUGACAUGUUCUGAUUUACCCCACAAGCGAUGAGUGAAACGAGCGCCGAGGCGACCGGACCGAGACCGGCGGAGGUUCUGUUGACGUCGGGCUGCCGAGCCUCGCUCGUCGGGCAGGUCGGAGGAUGGAGCCGAGGCUGAACGGGGAUGGCAAGCCGUCCGUGUCCCGGUUCCUCCUCGGCCCUGUCCUCGUCUUCUCCCUCCUGACUGUGCUGGCGAGCUGUCACGGUACCUGUAAGCACCGAGCGCCGGCUCCGAGCGAGGUCGUCCAUCAUGUUUACUUGAAGCCUGAACGUUUGACGAAAAGAAGCUCUCCUGAUGACCUUCAGCUGAAGAUAAAGAUCAUCUAUGACAACAGUGUUGACCAGCUUCCUGCAGACAAGAGAAGACUGGUGAAGGAUAAGUUGUUUCCUCAGGCCAUCGACUACCUGCAGAGAGCCUUCAGUGUGAGGCGCAGGGUUGGACCUGUGCUGCUCAGCAGACAAUGUGCAACCAACCAGUACAUGCGGAAGCGAGAUGACCCUCACCGCUACUGCCAGGACGCCUGUGCAGACGUCACCCGGUGUGGCCCCGUCAUCGUGCCACAGCACCACCUGCAGCAAUGCAAGGUGUGCAGUGAAUCUGGGAAGUCCUGUGGCCCCUCAGGGCCUCCAGACGGCCCCGGAGUCGAGGGGUCCGACUUCGUGCUGUACGUCAGCGGCAUCACCACGGAGCGCUGUGGUCAGGAGAACAUUGUGGCCUAUGCUGCUUACUGCCAGCUGGAGGCAGAGCUGGACAGACCUAUAGCCGGCUACGCCAACCUGUGUCCCGCCAUGAUCUCCUCUCAGCCUCAGGAGUUUGAAGGGAUGCUCUCCACGGUCAAACAUGAGAUCAUCCACGCUCUGGGGUUUUCAGCCGGCCUGUUCGCCUUCUACCACGACGACGAAGGCAAACCUCUGACUCCUCGCUCCGUCAGCGGCCUGCCUGCCUUCAACGAGAGUCUGGGUCUGUACCAGUGGAGCGAGGCGGUGAUCCGGAGGGUCAGCAGGCUUUGGGACAUCAGAGGAGGAGUGAUGGUCCGACACCAAGUCCACGUCCUCGUCACUCCUCGGGUUGUGGAGGAGGCGAGGAGACACUUUAACUGCCCCAUCCUGGAGGGGAUGGAGCUGGAGAACCAGGGAGGGACUGGAACUGAGCUGAACCACUGGGAGAAGAGACUCCUGGAGGUCAGACAGGCUCUCUGGGCUUAUCUGGUGGUAAACAGUUCGCUUUUCUCCUUCGUAUUCACUCUUAUAUUCCUGCAGAACGAGGCGAUGACGGGCUCCCACACCCAGAACCGGGUGUUUUCUCGGCUGACGCUGGCCAUCAUGGAGGACAGCGGCUGGUACCGAGCCAACUACAGCCUGGCUCAGAGGCUGGACUGGGGCCGCGGCCUCGGCUGCGACUUUGUCAUGAAGAGCUGCAAGUUCUGGAUGGACAGACAGAGACAGAGACGACACGCUGUGACUCCGUACUGCGACACGGUUCGAGCGUCUCCUCUACAGCUGACCUGCAGACAGGACCAGCUGGCUGUGGCCGUCUGCAACCUGCAGAAAUACCCUCAGGAGCUGCCGCUGGAGUACCAGUAUUUUGAGCGGAUCCCAGACGUUGCUGCCGAUCAGCUGUCGUUCUUCGGCGGCGCCGUGGAGAUCGCCGACUACUGUCCCUUCAGCCAGGAGUUCAGCUGGCACCUGAGUGGAGAAUACCAGAGGAACUCGUACUGCAGGGUCUCUGAGAACCAGCCAGACUGGUGGAGGAACUACGGAGCAGAGCAGUAUGGACCAGAAUCGGUGUGUCUGUACCAGAAGUCAGCCUUUGUGAUGGAGCAGUGCACCAGGAAGAUGACGUAUCCCGACUGGGGCUCCGGAUGCUACAAGGUGUCGUGUUCGUCUCAGGGCCUGACGGUCUUCGUCCAGGAUCGAUCCUUCCAGUGUUCCCGUAAAGGUCAGCUGCUGAGCGUCAGCGUCCGAGUCAACGACUGGGUUUACAACGGCGUCCUGAUCUGCCCCGCCUGCACCGACUUCUGUGACGACUGCCCCCUGCCCCACCAGCUGCCCCCCAUCAACACCUCCAGGAGUAACCCCAUCGAUCCAUGCUCCAGCUCUCCAGGUCUGGGCUUCACUCUGUGGCUGCUGCUGCUCAACCUGCUUCCCCUGGUGGCCGGACUUCUGCUCUGCCACUGCAGCUGAUAAAACACCAGGUUGCUCACCACUCUCUGUACUGUCGACAUCCGAGGAUCUGGACCGCAGACGUCUACACUUUUUACUGUUCGUUGAAGAACCUCCUCUUCUUACUUCCUCCUUCCUUCCUUCAUUCCUACAGUCCUCAUUUUUCCAUUCCUCGGUCUGUUCUCUGUUAUCACACCGUUAUAUCCUCAUCUGUCAGGGAUCCUUUCACUGAAGCUCCAUUCAGUGUGUUUACAUGCACUUAAGUAUCAUCCAGCUUCCAUUUAAACACACAAGCCCUUUUUAAUCAGGUUGCAGGAUUAUAGAAAGCUGAUUUUUCAGGUAGAUUUCUAUUAAUGCCACCUGAACAAGUACAUUGGUGAGCAGCUACGUGGCAGCUAAUGUGGAUAUCUGAAUCAUCAGGAAACAGAACAAGUUUGAUGAAAAGGGACCUUCUUUGCAUCUUUUGCGUGAAAAAUUAAGCUUUUUUUUGCAGAUUUGUGCAAAAUGCCAACCAAAUUCUGCACACUGGGAUGCAUCAGUACCUGUUAUUUUCAUAUCACAUUCAGAUGAUUGCAAAGUACUGAUAUAAAUACUUAUUUUACAUAAUUAAGUAUCUCUACCAUCUCUAAAAGUGCACUGGAGUAACUGAAACCACUGCUUGAUUAGCUGAUCAACAGAACACUGGUGCACAAUAAAUAGUUAUCUUAAUAACAGAUUAUUUCAGUUAUUUUUGAAGCAAAAUUGAUUUUAAAAAAGACACUAAAAUAAGCUCUAUAUUUUAGCAAAAUUUUGGGGCUUUUUGUUUUGCAUAUUUGAUUAAUUAAUCCAUAAAAUGAACAAUUAAUUGUAAGAUUAAUUAAUAAUGACAAAGAGAGAAAAUUGUAAUAAAUUUAAAAUACAUAAUACGAUAAACUUUAUUUAUAUUGUGCUUACCAAAAAUUAAAAAUAAAAGCAGACCAGGGAGAUAAAAUAAUAAAAACAGUCGUAGCAUAUGGGGAAAGAGAUAAAAUAAGACUAAAUAAAGUAGAAAAACGAAAAUAAAAUCCUUAAUCAGCCAGUUCAAACAUCGUUCACAAAGAUUAGAGAUUUAAAAGUAGAUAGAGGUUUAGUCUGUAUAUUUAUAGCAGUGUUUCCACCAAAAAAACAAAAACUCCAGAAACUUCAUUUUAGGUGCAAAUAUUCAGGAACUUUCCAAGGAACUCAAAGUUUCUCAGGGAAAUUAGUUGAUUUAUUUUAAAGUUACGUCUGCUUCACUACGUUAUUUAAUGUAAAAUGGUAUCAGAUGUUUUAUCUGAGAUGUUUUAAUUGUGGUUUUGAGUAAUUACUUCAAUUCUUGUUUUUCUUGAGUGAUUACUUCAUUACAGUGCUUAUAAACAUGUUUUGUGCUGUAACAGUAGCUGUGUUUCCAUCAUGUGUUUGAGGCACAUUUCAAGGUAUUGAGAAAACAACAAAGUUCCAUAACCGUUUGCAAAAAAUAUGUUUUUAUGCUUGAUUUUCUUCAAAAAAAGAGCUAUUGAGCUAAGAUGGCCUUAAACAUGGCCGCUACAAACUGUCAUGAAAGCAUAAUUGUAGUUUAGAGGGUUAGAAGCAGAGCAGUCUGACCCACUAAAGAAUCCAGACUGAGUUCUAUGUAAUUUCUGUAAUAUUUUAUGGCAGAGUGGUCUAAUCCACAAUAGCCCAAAUGCGUUACAGUUGUGUUUCAGAUGUUAGACCAUUCUUGAAAACACAAUACUCUGAACUCAUUUUUCUCAAAAACUACAGAAAGUGGGUCAGACCACUCUGCUUCCAAAUCCUUAUUGUCCAAGAUGCUUCAAAAAUGAUUCAGAAUGACUUGAAAAUGAUACAGAAUUACAGAAAAUUUCCCAGAAAUGGUCUAAAAUGACAAACAUUUCUUCAGAAUGACAAAUUUUAGACAUGAAAAUAGUCCAAAAUGACUGAACAGUUCUCCAAAAUCAGUCAGACUUUCUCUCAAAUGAUUAAAAAUGAUCCAGAAUGACACUAAAUUUGUCCAAGAUGCUUUAAAAAUCAUCCAAAAUGACUCAAAAUGUAUCUAAAAAUGACUUAAAUUAUCCAGAAUUGCAGAAAAUUUGUCCAGAAUUACCCCAAAAUUGUGAGAAAUGACAAAAUCUUCCCAAAAUGACUCUCAAAAUUGACUAAAAUUACUCAAAUCUGUUCAGAAUGAACUGAAAAUGAUUAAAAAUGGUCUAUAUUUUAGUGGCAGAGUGGUCUAACCCACAACCCAAAUAUAUUGUUACAGUGAACGUGAGACCAUUCCAGAAAACCCAAAGCUUUGAGCCCAUUAUUCUCAAAAACUACAGAAAGUGGGUCAGACCACUCUGCUUCCAAACCCUUCAAUUUUACUGAUUUAAAACAAUUCUUAAAGCUUUCUCUCCAUUUUCCUCUUAAAAAUGACCAAACUUUUGUUUCCGUCUUCAUCUGCUUUGAGGUUCGUUGCCGGUUUGCAAACAUCAGGUUUUAUUAGCCACUCUACACAGCCUAGUUUUUAAUUCUUUUGUCACAUUUAAACGUUCUUUUCAGGUUUUCUUGAAAGUUAAAUGGAAACACUUCUACUGAUCAGGUUACUUAAGUGCAUGAAAACAAUCAGGGAAGUUCACCUUCUUCUGCAACAUCAGGUUGUUUGGUUUGGAAACGACAAAUCACAUCAUUUCUUUGCCCCCAAGACGGCAAACUGUCUCUGUUUUUCUGUAUUUUUCCACCAACUGUGCAGAAAAGUGACAGAUUUGCUUUGGCUUCUACCCAGAUUUUGAACUUUACUUGAACCUGGGAUCAUCCUCCUUCAUCAAACUCCUUUUUUUCUUUUUUAUUUCCCUCUGAGGAGAUAAAUCUGUCUUUUUAGCUGAAUCUUCUCAAACACAUUUGAAAAUCUUGAUGAGAAAUCGACUGGAUCAGGAAGACGAUUCCUUAGUCCAGCUGCCCGAACACGAAAUAAAAGACGUCAUUUUACGUGCAGCUGGAUGAUUUUAAAGCUGCAAAUACUGUUUUCUUAACCCGUGAGCUGAAAGAACAGUUUCCUUCCUCCGAAUGAGGCGACGCGAGGAUCUGUGUGGUUUGCUGAACUGUUUGAAGUUUUCUAAGCUUGAAGGAUAUUUUACGCAGAGAAGUUUUAAUGUAAAUAUAAAUGUGAAUCUCUCCUGAGAGGCGGCUCAGGUGGACGGAGUUUCUCAGCCUCCUCCUGACCGGUCAGUGAGUUUUAAUUCAUUACCUCGUUUGCUGUGAGUGGAUUUCAUGUCACGUUUACCAAGAUUUGUUCAGCUGUCAGUCACUGUUGUUUCUUCAUAGGGGUCAAAGUUUCUGUCCUUUGAGAAAUUAUCUUAACAAUUUGACACUGUGCACAUUAAGGCGGCUGUUAGGUUGUCAGAAUUUUUCCCCAAUCUGUUAUUUCUGUUGUACAUAAGAAAUUAUUCAGUCUUAAACAGAAUCAAAUCUUAAAUUUUGGGGUUUAAUCGACCCAAACCUCAUUAAGAACUUUCAAAACCUGCAGGAACUUUAAUUUACUUUGAAGAAAAGUCCAGAAAAUAUUUUUUUGUUGUGCCACAUUCCUGCCAGCUUACGAAUAUUUGCAUCAGAAUAAAUAAUCCUGAAUUCUGUGCAUCUUCUAGAUGCAAAAUAAACGUAAAAUUGCACUCGAAUCUCCUCAUAUGUCGAACAUUUGCUCAUCAACAGACGCUAUGACUUCCAAUUUUAUAUAUGAAAGAGUGUUUGGUAUAAAACGUAAUCAAAUAUGAGGUUUUGGGGUUUAAUCAACCCAGAACUUGUGAAAAACUUUCGAAAUAUGCAGCAACUUUAAUUUACGAUGAGGAAAAGUCCAAAAACUUUCCUCAGGGGACAAGUCGGGCUGCACAGUUAUGGCCAACACAAUAAUUCCAAUUUUUUUUAAUGUGAUUAUUCACCAUUUUAGUGACAAAAUAUUUUCCUUGUUGUGCCAUAUUCCUACUAACGUACCAAUGUUUGCAUCAGAAUACGACUUUAAACUGUUUCCUGAAUCAGUGCAUCUUCUAGAGGCAAAGUACACUUAAAAAUGCACCUAAAUCUCCUCCCAUGUCGAAUAUCUGGCUAACAGACACUAUAACUUACUAUAUCUUAUAUCUAAGAAAGUAUUUGGUGUAAAAAGUAAUGAAAUAUGAAAUUAUGGGAUUUAAUCGACACAAAACUCAUAAAAAAUUUCAAAACUUGUAGGAACUUUGAGAAAAUGUCCAAAAUGUAUAAAAUAUUUUCCUCGUGUCACAUUCCUGCUAACGUACAAAUCUUUGCAUCACAAUAUGACUUUAAAUUACGUAUGCUGAAUUCAGUGCAUCUUUAGAGGCAAAAUAUACAUAAACCUGCACCCAAAUCUCCUCAUAUGUUGAAUAUUUGCUUAACAGCAGACGCUAUAACGUACCAGUGUUCCCUAAACGCCUCACAUGCAGGUCAAACUAGCUAGGUGGUUGUGCACAGGGAAGCUUCUAGUCUCCACUUAGUUUCUUCAGACUUGUUUGCAGCCAAAAAUUGCUUUUAAAGACUAAAAUGAAGCCAUCUAAUGUCAGAUUUACUCAAGCUAAGUCCAAGUGAUUUUAUCUACAUGGUCUGUUUUCCAUGAACUGAGCAUUUUAAACAUCAGAUCAUUUCAUUGUCAGAAGCCAAAAUUGUGAUUGUAACUGUGCAGUCUGAGAAAGUUUCUCCAGUGAAUGGGGUCAAAUCUGUGGGAAAAUUACACAAUUGAGACUUUUCAAGAGAAGGACACCGUCAGAUUCCCUCAAAAUAGACUUUAUUGGUUGUAAGACCCUGAUUAUUGUCCACCAUAAGGAGAACAACCUGUCUGGAGUUCCUGGUGGGAAAACACCGUUUAGCAGCAUUCAGAGUCGAGAAACCCACCUUUAAAGUUCCUCAACCUUUCUACACCCAAGCAUGGACUUUGUUGGGUCGUAAAACUCUCUCCACACGACUUUAUUUACUUCCUGCUGCAAACAUGUAGGUAGAAUUCCUUUAGGUCUUCUCAUUUCCCAAAGAAAGUUGUGAUAAUAUGAAAAUCAAACCACGCCCCCUCUAGAAAUAUAGUGAAUUUCCAAAGUUUUCUAGGUACGAUUGUGGUUUAGUUGGGCUUAACAUCCAAACAAUGUUAAUGCCACAGAGAUUCUAGGAACUAAACCCAGAGAACAUGCUGACAUGAAUCCAUCUGGGCUUAUUAUCAUUUAAGUAUCUAUUGAAAACACUUCAGGACGGUUUUAUAACAAACAGAUUGCAAUGUUUUGUUGAUCGUUUCUGCAAUGAAGGAAACUUUUCGUGAGUUUGUUGCGUUGUUUAGUAGUGAUUGUUUGUAAGACUGCUUCAGUGGAACACCUUCAUCAUGAUAUGCAGGAGGAAACUACAGCCAAAAAGAGUCGCACGGUAUUCGAGUUGUUUGUUUGAAACAGAACAAAUGUGCUUUUAAUACCUUAAUGUAUGAAAUGUGAUGUGACUGAAGUGACGAUACGUUUCCAGGGAAAAUCUUUUUGUUUUUUUUUAAAUCACGAUAAAAAGAGAUUUCUGGUGGUUAUUUCAUCUCUUUUGUUUUUGCUCAUGUUUGUGUGGAAAAAUACUCUGGAAGAAAAGUGGACCUUUUAAGAGAGGAUUAUUUUAUCUCUUUGACUGUUUCUAAUCCUCAACUGAAGUUUCAUUCCAAAAUGCUUUGUUCCCUGUUGGUCCUUUUUGUAAUAUUUGAGAGCAAACUACUUUAUGACAGCUUGGUUUUGGAAUCUGCUGGAUUUUAUGAUUCAGGUAUCCUAAGUUGAGAUUUAAAAUAUUCUGGGACUAUUUUCUCAACUCUCCACCAUCAAGAUGGAAUUUAUUUUUUGUUCUUUUACAAAUGCAAAACCAAACAUCUACUAAAUGAAAUCAAAACGAUUAAAGACGGACACAAAAUGACAAAGACACCUAAAUCAUUUCACACAACUCAAAAACAGAUGCAAAACCCCAUAAAUCAGACAUGAAUUCUUGAAUUUCCCUUGGGAUUGAUAAAGUAUCUAUCUAUCUGAAAACAACCACAGAGAGAUGCCAGAUGAACAUGUGGAGACACAAAAAAACUUAAAGGAGUCUCAAAAUGACAGAGUACACAAAAUGUUUACAGAGAGAUACAAAACAACCACAAAAAGGCACAAAAUGAUCAAAGAAAGCAGAACGACUGCAGUCACACAUAACUCAAUGCAAAUGAUCAGAGAUACAUAAAACACCGACAGUAGACUAAAGAGACAUUAAUAAGUCACAAAAUGAUCCUAAAAAGAGAGAAAAGUACCAUAUAGAUCCAGAAUGACCACAGAAACACAUAAAACACCUACAAAGAAACUACAGAGAAAUUAACAGAAAGACAGAAAAUGAUCAUUAAAAGACAGAACGACACUGAACAACUAUAUAGAUACAAAAUGACGACAGACACAAAACAUCAGACACACAAAAAACCUACAAAUAGAUUCAAAACAACUUUAAAAUGUCCAUAAAUAGACAAAAAAAGACUACAACUACACACAAGAUGAUCACGAAGAGACAGAAAACACCAUAUAGACAUAGUAAACACCUAAAGAGUUACAAAACGACUUCAAAAAUGCGCAAAAUGACCACAAAGCGACACAAAACCACUACAUCACCACAUAGAUACUGAACUACAUAAAAACAAAAACUAUAGACACACCGAGCAAAGACACAAAAUGACCACAAAGAGACAAAAAAGAACUAGAAAGGCACACUAAACACCUACAAAAAGUUGCAAAACAACUAUAAAAAGACAAAAUUACCAUGCAUGGACAUGAAAAACUACAAAUACACACAAAACCAUCAUAUAAACACUAAACAACUACGUAGAGACACAAAACAUCACACACUAAACGCCUUCAAAUAGAUGCAACAUAACUACAAAAUAACCAUAAAUAGACAAAAAAAAGGAACUACAAAUACACACAAGAUGAUCCUGAAGACAGAAAACACCAUAUAGACACUACAGAGUUGCAAGGAAACUUCAAAAACACACAAAAUGACCAUAAAGAUACAAAAACAUGACAUAAAGACAAAUUUUCACAAAACAUUAGACACACUAAAAGUCACAAAACAACUACAAACGGUUGUAAAACAAACACUAAAAGACACCAAAUGACCACAAAGAGAUGAAAAAGAACUACAAAUAACCACAAGAUGGUCACAAAACCACCAUAUAGACACUCAACAACUACAUAAAGACAAUAACUACAAAAAGAUGCCAAACAUCACACACACAAAACACCUACAAAUAGAUGCAAAAUGAUCAAGAAACACACAAAAUGACCACAAACAAACAUUGUAGACACACUAAAUACCAAUAAAAAGAUGCAAUGCAACGACAAAAAGACACAAAAUGACCACAAAGAAAUGAAAAAAACUACAAAUACACACAAGACGACCACAAAACCACCAUCUGGAUGUAAAAUAACUAUAAAAAGAUGCCACACAACAUCACAGACACACAAAACAUUUACGAAGAGUAAAAAAAAAAUGCAAACAGCAAAAAGACUGAGCUGACAACAUAAGAUCAGUGAUGUGCAUGAAUCAGGCGACUUAUACCGAAAACUCAACCAGUGAAAACUCAUUUUAGGGACAAAUCUUGAGUAAAACAUGGAUUUUGGAAUGAAACUCUCCUUGAAUGCAGCUUUUUGUCGUGCUCGGUGUUGCACUAAACCUGAAGAACCGGCCUUAACGUUUCCGUUUGGCUGCAGUGGAACCAGAGAUUAAACGAAGCCUCCGAGGACGGUUUUAUUCUUUGUUUAUUUAUAUAUUUAUUGAAAUGUAGCUCUCACCGGGUGUUUGUGUCCGUCUGUGUUUUCAUCCAUGUUUUGUUUUUUUUUUUGCAGUAAAGAUGCUGGAAUCAUUAUUUAUAAAUCAUAAGUGUUAGGAUUCAUGCACUGUAGAGCGUCCUGUCAUUACUUAGUGCAGAUUGUCGUUAUUAUUAUUUUAAGGAGGAAUUUCACCUAAAAACUGACUCUGAACUGAAGGAGAUGGUUUUGUUUUUUUGUUAUAAAGAUGUUUGAAGUUGCACUGAACUGAAAUUAAAUCAGAUUUUCUUUGAAAAAUGAUCCUAAAAGUCAGUAUUGGUGAAAUCCGGAUGACGUUUUAUGCAGUGAUGAGGAACAAAAACCUUCAUUUAAAAACACUUUGCGUUUCUCAGCUGAUCUUUGUUACGUUUAUUUUUGUUUUUUAGAAAAAGGGCUGCUUUUUAAGACAAAUCGAGACUUUUGUCUUGUCAGAAUAAAUGCUGUCUGUAUCCCUGAAA